AUGGCACCUACCGCCCUCUGUGAUUCUCCCCCUCCCGUGCCCUUUGUCACCAAGGCCGGCCAGGCGCUCGAAGACACAUCCGACGCCAUCGACGACGUCAACGCCAUCAAGUACGACUCGGCGUCGCAGUUUGACGCCUCCAAGGACAAGGCCACCUUUCGGCAGUACGAGACGGCGUGCGACCGCGUCAAAAACUUUUACCGCGAGCAGCACGCCAAGCAGACGGUGGCCUACAACCUCGCCGCGCGCAGCCGCUUCCACUCGGCCUCGCGCCCGCGGCCGGAGCUGACCAUCUGGGAGGCCAUGGAGAAGCUCAACACGCUCAUCGACGAGUCGGACCCGGACACGUCCCUCUCGCAGAUUGAGCACCUGCUGCAGUCCGCCGAGGCGAUUCGCCGCGACGGCAAGCCGCGCUGGAUGCAGGUCACCGGGCUCAUCCACGACCUCGGCAAGCUGAUGCUCUUCUUUGACGAGCUCGGCACGCAGGGCCAGUGGGACGUUGUCGGCGACACCUUUCCCGUCGGCUGCGCCUUUGACCCGCGCAUCGUCCUGGCCGCCGACACCUUCCCCGCCAACCCCGACGCCCGCCACCCCGUCUACUCGUCGCCGCUCGGCGUCUACGCGCCAGGCUGCGGCCUCGACAACGUCAUGCUGAGCUGGGGCCACGACGAGUACCUGUACCACGUCGUCCGCGACCAGUCUUGCCUACCCGACGAGGCCCUCGCCAUGAUCCGCUAUCACUCCUUUUACCCGUGGCACCGCGAGGGCGCCUACCGCCACCUCAUGUGCGACAAGGACUGGGCCAUGCUUAGCGCCGUCCAGGCGUUUAAUCCGUACGAUCUCUACAGCAAGAGCGACGACGUCCCGAGCGUCGAGGAGCUCAAGCCCUACUAUAUGGACCUGAUUGACGAAUUCUUUCCGCAAAAGGUGCUGAAAUGGUAG